AUCUCCUCCGCAUCUCACAAGCAAAAUCCCCAAAUCCUCCAGAUCGUCUUCGUCUUCCACCUCGAGCUCUUACGCAUCGUCAGCCAUGUCGGGCCGCGGCAAGGGAGGCAAGGGUCUUGGCAAGGGCGGCGCGAAGCGGCACAGGAAGGUGCUGCGCGACAACAUCCAGGGCAUCACCAAGCCGGCGAUCCGGCGGCUGGCGAGGAGGGGCGGCGUGAAGCGCAUCUCCGGGCUGAUCUACGAGGAGACCCGCGGCGUGCUCAAGAUCUUCCUCGAGAACGUCAUCCGCGACGCCGUCACCUACACGGAGCACGCCCGCCGCAAGACCGUCACCGCCAUGGACGUCGUCUACGCGCUCAAGCGCCAGGGCCGCACCCUCUACGGCUUCGGCGGCUGAGUUCCCGGCCCCCUGUGCUCGAUCCAGAUCUGAUGCCGUUAGCGUUGCUUAGGGUUUCGUUGCGGAAAUUGUACUACUUCGUUGUUUCUGCUUGUGCAAAGUGAAUGGAUGGUUGGAUUAAAUGAAUCAUUUUCUCUCUUGAUUAGUACAUCCGACUUGCUGUCUUCCAAAAAA